UCCGCGCUGCCCGAGCCGCAGCGGGACGCGAUGCGGCGGAGCCGCCCCCCCUGCGCCCGCACCGCGCCCGCCCCCGCGCUCCCUGUGCCGCUGGUGGCCCUGGGGACAUCACCCAGCCCGGGGACGGCAGCGGCCCCGCGCUCGCCCGGCAGCGCUCACCGGAGACAUGGCUGUGGCUGCCGCCGCUGCCCCCGGGGAGCGCGGUCCGUGUGCGCCCGCCCGCCCGGCAGCGCAUCCCGCGGCACGCACGGAGGGAUGCAGGGAUGCGGCGAGGGAGGUGCCCGCGGGCCCGGCCCCGCCGCAGCCGCCCCGCGGGGCCCGGGGGGAGCGGGCGGCCGCCGGCUGCGGUGGGAGAAGCUCCCGGGCACGGGGGAUCUGCCUGGGAGAAAGGCGGAGAUGGAGCCGUGGGGGAUCGGUGACGGAAACUCUCAGAGCAGGUCGGAACACAUCGAAGGCAGUACAAAUUCGGUCCGUUUUUCAGAUCCCUGAUUUAUGGACCUGACUCCUUUUCUCAGGUGUGGUUUGGUGAUGCUUCUGGAGUCAGACUGGUGUUGUGACAAUAAACCCAAGAGGAAAACCAGUUCCUAUUUCUGCCACCAAUUAAUGUUGUGGGUACAGGUACUGGAUAAGCCCCCAAGCUCAGGUGGGAACUAGUGACCAAGUUGUGGCAACAUUUCUCUUAGUCAGGCUUAUUUGUAUGGUUUUCUCUGUGUGUUAAUCUCUACACAUGAGUAAUUUACCCCACACAAUGAAAUGAAAAUUGAGUGUCAUGCUAUCUGCUUGCUCUGUACAUCUGUUACUGGUGCUCUGUUUUGCAGAAUGGUGAAAUUUUCUGCAGUUUAGAGUGCAUACAUAUUUUAUUGCAGAUUUCAAUGUCAUUGUCACAUUUCUGAGGCUAAGAGGAGGAGAGAAAGGAGCCAGUGGACAUCCUUCCCUGCAGGAGUGUUAUAGAUACAUUUGAUAUUGUUGGCUUUUCGCAAAUAUUAAAAUGAAUGUUAUGUGUAUAAAAAUGAGUAAUUUUGUUGUAUUAAUGUAGUUUUCUUUAUUUCUGUUAUUGAUGAAAUUUAGAAAUAGUAGUAUAAUACAUAUAUGUUAGGCUAUAGCAUAGUAUUAAAAUAAAAACUGCUUUUGUUUGUAUAACCCAAAGACUGAGAAAAAAAAAAUACCUAGAGAACUCCUGCAUUUGUAAACUAUCUUACCCAGAUGAAGACAGCAGUGACCAGAACUCUGGGGGAGGAAUUUAUUGCAUUUCUGGUAUCAGAGAAUGUAAAUCUCAAUAGCACCAAGAAGAUUGAUCUAUUGGGAAGGGGGCAAGAGAAAACUAAACAGAAGAACACCAAAGAUCCUAAGAAGAAUGUCUGAAUAUGUAUGAGAAUUUAUGGAUAUGUAGUAGGGUUCUGUUUUUAAGGGACAAUCCUUUGUUAGUAAGGUGUGCUCUCUUGGCUAAAUGCAGAGACACCCGGCCGUAUCUGUAUACUUUAUU